CUGCUGGAUCCAGCCAACGUCUGCUCAAGGUCUCCCUGUUGUAGUAGACCCGCCCCAUGUGAAAGAAGGCGACACCGUCCUCCUGAAUAUCCAGGGGUUCUCAGGAAUGCCUUUGGGUUAUACAUGGUACACUAAGUCAUCAGCAGAGGAUUCCAACCAUACUGAGAUCAUCAGGUAUUCUGUUAGUGACAGAAUGCAGAUACCAGACAAUAUCCGGCAGACGGUGCUCCACAAUGGCUCCUUGCUCAUCCACAACCUUGUCCUUGAUGACACUAAAUACUACACUGUAGAGAUUGCCAUUAUCUUUGCACUGAUAUUUAGAGGAGGAGGCCAACUGACCGUGUAUGAGAAACUGGCCAAACUGAAGAUUGCUGUCAAUGACACCAACAUCCUAGAGGACGAGUCUUUGAUCCUGACCUGUAGUACAGAAAAUGUGGGGGCAAAUAUUGGGUGGUUCUUCAACGACCAGCCCCAGUCACUCGAUGGGAGGAUGAGCACAUUCGAGAAUAAUCAGAUUCUCCUCAUUAAGGGUGUGAAGAGGGAAGAUGCUGGGUCUUACCAGUGUGAAGCCUGGAAUCCAGCCAAUGCCAAGAAAAGUGAUGCCCUCACCCUGACUGUGAGCUCAUCUGAGUCUCCAGAAAGAAGUAAUGGUGCCACUCUCUCUGGUGGAGCUAUCACGGUUGUUGUGAUUGGAGUUCUAGCUGGAGUGGCUCUUCUUGGGGCUCUCAUCUAUGUCCUCAUCACCAAAAAUACUGGAAGGGGCAAAAAAGACCUCCCUCGAGGGGAACAGUCAGCACCAAGAUACAGGGAGGACACCACUGUCUAUGAGAACACUGUUCACCUAAAAGGCUUGGCUCUGCCUGCACAGGGCCUGGACUCUUCCUCUACUUCCCCUGAAGUCUUAGAUGAGAGUCCCUAUCAGAUGUUGGAUGUCACCAGAGUGGAUGUUUAUGAAAAGAUCACUUCCUGGAAGAACCCUGAAGUCUAAGGCAGAGGGAGAAGUCACUGUCAUGAUAGUCCUUCUGAUUUACUCCAUUAAGGGGGAUUGAGAGUUAUCUUUUGGGAGAGAAAGUUGAGAGACCUAGGUCAGUGGGAAAACCAGUCAGGGGAGGGGUGGGAUGGAAUUGGCAGGCAUCCUAAUGAUGUCAGGGGCAGAAAGAAAGGAGCCAUAAGUAUAUGACUACAUAUAGCAGCAGUGUUUAUUUUAGCUAGAAGUUAGAAACAAACUGGACAUUCCUCCAUUGGGACAUGUCUUAAUAAAUUGUGAUGUAUGAAUAUC